AUGGCCAAGCUCUCCAUCGCGGCUCUAGUUGCUACGGUGUAUAUUCCCAGUGUACGGAGUAGCCUAGGGUCCAUGUUUGCCCACGAUUUCCACACCCGACGCACGCGGAGGCUUGUGUCUACUAUCACGCCCGAGGCCCUCUGCAACGGCCCUUGCGGGCACAAGGCAAACGGCCUGGGAGGGGUGAAAGCACGUUUACGGGGGGUAUUGAAAGGCAAUGUCAUUCCUCCGUACUCUUUGGGGAAUCCCCCUCCCUCCACCAACGGCGGGGUGGCCGGGACCGAUUUGGAGAAAAAGACCCUGGCCGCCCCACAACAACAACAAGUCAUUGAGCUCUCGAACGAGUACGGGAUGAAACCUUUCGACGCUCGAGUUCGAGACAGCAAGACGGCGAGCCGGAGCCUCGUGCCCUACCGACCACAGUGCCGGUCUCACCAGCACCCUAGAGGCACAAACGGCAAGCUCGUAAGCGAUAUUGAGCUCCUCGGCUUGGAUCCGCCUGGGGUCGUGUUCACAUGCAGUGUUGAGGACCUGGCGGGUCUCGGUGAGGAUUUGAACAAGGACAGGGCCCGAAGCAGCAGCUUGCUAGCCAUCUACCCGCUCACCACGCCUCGGCGGGGUGAGAAUUGA